UUCGGCCGUUACAUCGGGUGCUUAGUUUUCCUUCUAUUUCGGGCCCUGCGCCACUGACAGUUCACUUUAGUUGGUGGCUCGAGUGCAACGUGCGGCAGUGGAAAACGGAAAAGCGCUUUCCAGGCAGAGUGCUUUAGUAUUUGCCUGCAACUAAUAAAAACGUGUAUCUUCAACCGCCGUCCGCUCAUACAAUAAAAAAAAGUAAACACAAUAAAAUAAUAAAAAAAAAAACAAUACAAAUCUACAAAAAACGCGAAAAAAACAAUACAAAGAUCGUUCAGCAAUUAGUGCAACAAACCACACAAAGGGCGAAUCCGCAUCCGAAUCCGCAUCCGAUUCCGAAUCCGACCAAAGAUGGCGUUCAUUUCAAAAGAUUUUCGCUCUCCGGGGGAGGCCUGGGUGAAGACCGACGAGGGCUGGGAGCGAUUGAAGGUGCUGGAGUGCGGCGGCAAGCGGAAGCGACACCACUCGGAGGGAAGCAGUAGCUGCCAGGAUGCCGAGGAUGCGGUUGCGGAGGAGGAGGGAACAAUCAUGCCACCUCACUACCAUAUCACGAUCCGGUGCACCCGCGAAAUCGCCGGCUUUAAUGGCCUGACCGAGGCGGUGAAGCGACUGGACUUCCGUCGUUCAGUUCGGGACCGGAAGCGCUUCCACUACAUCUGUGCGGUCCUUCUGCUGGUUUCCAACAAGGGCAUCGCCAGCCUGCCGGGCAGUGCACAGCGCCAGUUGCUCCAAAUGGUCGAGGAAGUGGCCUCUCAUGUCAACGACAGUCAGCAGCAUCCUAAUGUUUUGCGUGGCCUGGCCUUGAAACUGGAGCACAUCGUCCACCAGGAGAACCAGAAGUGCUGGGGCAAGCCCCUAGGCAGUCCCUACCUGUGGAAGGAGCACCUGGCCACUAUUAAGCGCAUCCAGCGCGUGGCCAGCCAGAUUGAGAUCCGUGAGCCCGAUCCGGAGGCCAAGCCGAAGCUGCAUGAGCUGCCGGAGGAGUGCGUCCGUGAGAUUAUUUUGUGCAUUGCGGAUCACAGGGAUUUGGAGUCCGCCGCUGAGGCCUGGGACACCAUGGCCAAGCUAGUCUCGGAGCAGCGCAUCUGGCGCGAACUGACACGCUUCCACUUCAACCAGCGACAGAUCCACACCAUCCUCGACCUGGAGAAGUUCAAGAAGAUGGGAGACAUCAAAGACUGGAAGCAGAUCUACCACCAGCUCCGGCGCACCUACGGCGUCAACGACGACUACCAGUUCGCCGAGGUGCUGGCCCUGUGCCGCUCCUGCUGCUGCCUCUUUUGGCCGUCAGACGGUCAUCCGUGCAUCGUCGACCAGAGCCCGGACUACAAGCAGCGCCUGGAGGAGGCGGGCCACCAGCUGGCGUUGGCCCAGCCCGUACCGCCCGCCCAGUUUCUCAAGUACUUCUCGUUGUAAGCCGGAACCUGAGACGGGGCGGAGACGGAGUGGCGACCAAGGGAGAGAGAUAGAGAUAGAUCGAUAUGUAUUUUUGCGGAGGAUGAGGUGGAUGUGGAGUUGGAGCACCCAGCACAGCCGUUGGAUAAGUUGUUCGGCUGCGUAUGAAAGUCUUUAUGUGCGUGUUAAAGUUUUACCCUUGGAGUGGAAUGGAGUUUAGGAGUUACCGAGCUAAGGAGUGGAUCAAAGGAUCAGAGGAUCUGAAAAAGCAAAGUGAUAAAGAAAUCCCUAAUCUAUAAAUGUAUAUGUGUGUCGCCAAAAUCAUUUCGAUUGGUUUGCAGUUUGUCCAGAUUGAGAUUCAGAUUCUAGUUGGGCGUGGCUUUCGUUGAGUUAAUUGCCAACAUUUUUGUAUUAUUAGGCGAUCAGAGAUAGGGAUCUGGAGCGGUGAUUACUAUUAGUUGUCUAGACAUAUUGAUCGACUUGCGUGUCAGUUACCAGGAUCCAUAAAUCCUGGUCAGGAUUAUUAAUUUUUUUUUGUAUUUUUUGGAUCGGACACGCUAAACGAACUGCCACAAACAAACAAAAAAACGAGAAUAAGCUAUAAUUCUUUUCGUCAAACUGAUUACUGCAAAACUUGUAUCGAAAAACUAUUUUUAAAACUACCAGUUUAUAAUAUAUUAUUACCGAUUUGUUCAUUUUAAGACAAACCAUGCGGAAUACACUUUUAUGCAUGACUUUUGAGCGAUCUAUUAUAGUAUCUAAGUGUAGUUUCUUUUACGUAUAUCAGCUGUUUUUGGUGCUAAAUCUUAUUAUAAGUUCCAAUCAAAAUCCAAACAAAAUCAAAUCAAAUUAUAGAAACUAUAGUUUCCAUCCCCGAUACCCCCCAAAGACCGACUUAAUUCGAGCUGUAGUUCCAUGUAGAAGGCGUAUGUAGGAGUGGAGUGAAAUCAUGUGAUGUUGCAGGAAGCAAAGCUAGAAACGAAUACACCUACCUAACGAUAACAAAUCUUAAUGCGAUUUGCCGCCAAGCAAUGCUAUAUACAAAUAUUAGAGAUUGUCGCCAGUCGCCAGAGUUUAAGAUGAUAAUUUUAAUGGAUUGAAGACCCAGAAAGCGGAUAAUCCCCAAGACCCCAUCAAGGAUUGCUCAGUGCUUGAAAAAAAAAAAACAAAUAAAAAACGAACAGAAGUAAUAUUUAAAUAAAAAAAGUUAAUGUGUAUAGACAUUUUCUUAAGUAGAUCCUUAGACCAGUCCUCAUUUCCGCCGAUUUCCCUGUAAAAUAUCUGUUCGAUCGCUUUAAUAUUACAACUACAACUAUUACUAUUGUAAGUACGAAAGUUUUAGCAUUAUCGACUAUUUGUUUGCUACCAUUUCUAUGCAAAAAAAAUAUCUCAUUUAUGUUUAAAAUAAAUUUGCAAAUCUGUGGAUCA